AAUACAGGUGAGGAAAAAUGGCUUCACCAUCAGAGGAAAGGGCACUACAGAUGGAGACACCCAUUGGAGGAGACCAAGUGGCUAAACAAAAAAUAGCAGUGGAAACCUGGGAUGAAUCAAAGAAGAUGUGGAAGAUAGCAGGGCCUGCCAUUUUGACCUCAGUCUCUCAGUUCUCCAUUGGCUUUGUCACGGUGGCCUCAGUCGGUCACCUGGGAGUGAUCGAGCUUGCUGCAGUCUCUGUUGUUACCACCGUCAUUGAGGCAUUCGUUUCUGGAAUCAUGCUAGGAAUGGGAAGUGCUCUUGAGACACUCUGCGGCCAAGCUGUUGGUGCUGGGCAAUAUAACAUGCUCGGAGUCUUCCUUCAAAGGUCAUGGAUCAUUUCCGGAGUCACAGCCCUAAGUCUAGCUCCUUUUUACCUUUUUGCCUCCCCAAUUUUGAGGCUUCUUCGUCAGAGCAAGGACAUCUCAGACCUUGCAGGAAAAUACUGCAGAUGGAUAAUUCCUCAAUUCUUUGCAUUUGCCAUGACAUACCCCAUCCAGAAGUUUCUUCAAUCUCAGAGGAAAGUCUGGUUCAUGACCAUAGUUUCAGUUGUAGGCCUGGCAUUUCAUGUGUUAUUGAACUGGCUUAUGGUAUCAAAGCUCAAACUCGGUCUGCUCGGAGCUGCCAUGGCUGGAAACAUCUCAUGGUGGCUUCAAGUCAUUGUCAUGGUUAUCUAUGUAAUUGGUGGGUUCUUCCCAAACUCCUGGACUGGUUUUUCCCUGCUGGCUUUCAAGUCCCUGUCUGGUUUUGUGAAACUCUCACUUGCAUCAGCUAUAAUGUUGUGUUUGGAGCUAUGGUACUUCACAGCCAUAAUUCUUAUGGUAGGAUGGUUGAAAAAUCCAGCAAUUGCAGUAGAUGCCGUUUCAGUCUGCAUGAACCUGCAACUAUGGACUUCCAUGGUUACCCUUGGUUUCAAUGCAGCAGUAAGUGUAAGAGUUUCCAAUGAACUUGGAGCUGGACGACCAAAAGCAGCAAAAUUUGCAGUAGUAGUGGCUCUUCUAACAUCUCUGACUAUCGGAAUUUUAUUCUCCAUCAUUAUUCUGGUAACCAAGAAUGAUUUUCCCAAGCUGUUCAGUACAAAAACAGCUGUUAUACGUGAGGCUUCCAAGCUGGGGUAUUUUCUGGCAGCAACAAUCUUCUUGAGCAGCAUCCUUCCCGUUCUUUACGGGGUGGCAAUAGGGGCCGGCAGGCAAAUGUACGUUGGAUUGAUAAACAUUGGGUGUUACUACAUAUUUGGGAUUCCUGUUGGAGCUGUGCUUGGUUUCAAGUUCAAGCUGAGAAUUCAAGGCAUAUGGUCAGGGAUGCUGGUUGGUACCAUCCUUCAAACUACCAUUCUGCUCAUUGUGACGCUCCGAGCCAGUUGGCGUAAAGAGGCUGUACAAGCUGAGAGGCGUAUGAGAAGGUGGGGCGGACGUGUUGAGCCUCGACAAUCUCCUUUAGAAUCCAUCCCUGGAUAAUUUCUUAGAAGAAUUUGAAGUAUGAAAGAUCGACUAGUGAGGAUCAGCAACAAACAGAUAAAAAUUUUCGUCCAUUGAAAUAAAAUUUUGAAUACUCA